CCGAUGUUCUGUGAAAUUUAAGUCGCACAUUGUACAGUUCUUUUUUCCGCGUAAAGAGCCAGAUUUUUUUUAAACUUAUAAUCUUAAAAACGUCUGUAAAAUCGAAUGUUAUCCUAAACUAGUUUUUAACGAUCCAGUGGUGAAUGGACGAUGUUUUAAACGAUCAAGUGGUUUUUGGUUUGUUUUUGUUAUGAUCGUGACCAAGGAGAAACGCUGUGAUUAGAAAAUAAUGCAAUUAUCUUGUAGUCUCUGCGGAGUAAUUGGGUGAGAACGUAUGAGGUGCUGUGGUUGUCCAGUACGCGGGCUUUCGGCAGCGGACUGCCUUGGUCACCUGUGAAGUUUGGGGAGCAGUUGGGUUGUGGUCGCGCCUCUGAGCAAAGUAAAGCGGUAAAUUGCUAGUACCUGAAUUAUUAAAGCUGUUAAAUUGAUCUACUUGGUUUAUCUUCUUUUAUUAUUGCAACCGAUAACCCCUCUCCUCUACUCGAGACCUUCGAACACUCUAAAUGCCUUGGGCGUUGAUAAACCGUUACCUAAAAGCCCAUUCUUUAGUCAGGCAUGUAUCAUUUUUCGUUAAGUCGGAUCAACUUUGCUUCUUCGCUGGCCCCCUCAUCUACUGCCAUCGUCAGCCUCACAAAAGAAACUUUGCUAUCUCAGCACUUUAUCGUUUUGAGGGUCCCGGGACUCACCAAACGGCGGUCGACUCGGAAACGAGCUUCAGUAGAAAAACUUCACAAUGUGAUGUGUGUUUGCACAAACCUGUGAUGGUUAAUGAAGUUAUUCAUUGCUUGUCACCGAAACCAGGGCAGGUAUUUCUGGACAUGACGUUUGGAGCAGGGGGCCACACAAAGACGAUCCUUUCCCAAGCCUCUGACAUCUCAGUGUUUGCCCUUGAUAGAGAUCCAAUGGCAUAUGAAAUUGCUAAACAAAUUUCACAAACCCAUCAUGGACGCCUUCAGCCUCUUUUUGGAAGAUUCAGCCAACUGGAGGCCUUAUUAGAAGCAUCUGGAGUAGAGGCAGAUACCUUCGAUGGAAUCAUUAUUGAUGCAGGUUGCUCUUCUAUGCAGCUAGACAUGCCAUGUCGUGGUUUUGCUUUAAGCAAGGAUGGGCCUCUAGACAUGAGAAUGGAUGGGAACAGGUACCCCGACAUGCCCACCGCAGCUGACGUCGUGAAUGCCUUAGAUCAACAGUCACUUGCGUCCAUCUUAAGGAUCUAUGGAGAGGAAAGGCAUGCAAAGAAAAUAGCUGCAGCAAUCGUACAGGCACGCAGAAUCUAUCCCAUCACUCGUACUCAGCAGCUCGCCAGUAUAGUUGCAGGAGCAUUUCCAGCAGCAGCAAUGUACGCACGUAAAGACCUGCUUCAGAGAUCUACACAUGUGGCAACCAAAACAUUCCAGGCUUUACGAAUCUUUGUGAAUGAUGAAUUGAAUGAAUUGCUUAAAGGACUUAAGACAGCUCACAGAUUCUUAAAACCCCAAGGCUGCUUGGUUGCAUUGACAUUUCAUUCGCUCGAAGAUCGGAUUGUGAAACGUUUCCUGCAAGAUAUAGAUUUUUCGGAGAAGCCCAAUCUAAGUGCAAGGCAAAAAAUUAGGCAAGGGCUUCAAAAGGAGCCAGAGGAAGGUGAAACAUGUCACACAAAGCAAGGCGAUUUGAACUGGUCAAGCAUUCAAAAGAAAGUAUUGACUCCUGACUUCCAGGAAAUUCAGCAAAACCCACGUGGACGUUCUGCAAAACUUAGAGCUGCCAGAAAAUUAUAAAAAUUUAGCUCAAUUCAAAAUGAAAUUUCAUAUGCUCUUUUUGUAAAUUUAAUGAAAAUGUUAAUAAACAAAAAUAUUACCUCAUGGUUGCUGAUGUA